AGCCAUCGAGCGAAAGAGCUUUGCGGGAGGUAGAGCUAGAGGUGCGUGUCGGAAGAAGAGAUCUUCAAAUGCGAGCGUCGCGCACAUUUCGAGCGCGCGACGAGCAUCAUGAGCAACGCGGAGGACUCGAACAAACCGCUGCAGCGGACCGGACACGUCGCCACUUCGUACAAGAACGGCGUGCUCGUCUGGGGAGGCUACCGGGUAGGUUCGUCACGGGAGGACCAUUUGCGACGCCGGCGAUUCCCGCGGCAGGCGGAGACGGAGCGAACGACUAUAUACCUGCCUGGCAAUGAGCUCUGGUUUUACGAUACUUUCCUCGAGAAAUGGACGCCGCGCAACCUGACUGGAGACAUCCCACCGGGCACGUCGGGUGCGGUGGCCCAAGUGCUGGGGGAUGCAAUGUACCUGUUUGGUGGGUUCCUCACCGACCGCAACUCGAACCACCUGUACAGACUCGACCUGACCACGCUCACAUGGGAGCUGGUGGACGCGCAGGGAGAUCUUCCAAUCCCCUGUGACAAGAUGGCAGGCUGGACGUAUCGAGACUGCUUUUACGUGUUCGGUGGGUUCGGCAUCUCGCCGCGUGCAGGAGUGCAGCGGCCACCAGACUUUGCCUUUCUCCAUGACAUGCAAGCACCUUGGAGAGGAUGGACCAACCAGUUGGUGGUGUUCGACACCCAGACCAACUCGUGGAGUUGGCCCAUGUACAAGGGCACUGCACCCGUGGCACGAGCGGCUCACGCGGCCACGCGGAUUGACCACCAGGCAUUCGUCUUUGGCGGCCGGCACCAGCAGAGCAGGCUUAACGACAUCCAUCGUCUGGACCUCGACACUAUGCAUUGGACUGGCGCGUUGAGGACCAUAGGCGAAAAGCCCCGCGGUCGGUCGUGGCACAGCUUCACGGCCCUUCCCCCGUUUCGCAUCGUCCUCUACGGAGGGUUCAGCCAGACGGAAGAACCACUGUCUGACUGCUGGCUGUUUGUGGUUCCUGCCCUGACCUGGGUGCGCGUGGAGGUGCAGCUCCCCCCACGGCUCUGGCACUCGGCCUGCCUCAGCUGCGAGGAGGAGGUCAUCGUGUUUGGUGGCUGUGCGGGGAACAUCUUUCAGCGUGAUGGCGUCCAAGCAGAGGACACGGUCAUUACCCUUUCCUUUUCGCCAAGAAGCCUCUAUCGGAUCUGCCUGGAACGGGCUCUGCGGCUCAGACACCUCCUCCAGCCCCAGUGGCCGAUGCUGCCUCCGUCGGUCCGGGACACGCUGUACCUCAUGCACGGGAACACGCAGGGCUCGAGGCUCGACGGAUCGUGAACGACGACGCUCGCCUCCCGCGAAACGACGAUGCAAUAUUAACUCCUGUACAUAAAAUUGACGGAACGCUUCGAUUUAUAUAUAACCAGAGUAAAUAAAAAUUUCCAUCGAGACA